UGUGAUCACAAAGUUUACAUUUCCCCGUUUCACAAUCCGCUAUCGAUCAUGUUUAUAACCAAGUACUAAGAGAUCUUGUGACCAUUAUUAGUAUUACUAUUAUUAAUUAAGGUCCUGUUGUGACUAUCAUAAAACUAAAUGUUUGUUUCAAGACCAAAAAUAUUUCACGGGAAGGAUUUUAGAUCCACAUUUGUUAUGUCGGAUGCGGUAAUGAUUUAUCUCAUUUAUUUAUUCUUUUCAAUUUAAAUCUAUACCUAGCAGCCUAGCAUUACUGAUUAUAAUAAAGUUUAUUAGACAAUUAGUUGAAUUAAUAUUUAGUAUUUUGAUUAAGCUAGCGUGUGUGAACUACGACUACGUCCUAUGUCAUACUUGCUAUUACUAAUUACCGUCCGUUAUUAGUUAUGGUUAUUAAUAAUUAAUCUGUCAAGUCAAGCCUAGCCCUCAUUUAUCAAUUAAUAAGUUUAUAAGACUAAGUUAAGUAGGCCUACUAAGUUAAUCAUUACUAAGAACUUAAGAAGACUCAAGACUAACUAAUUCAGAGUUUUCUUACUUACUAAGAGUAAGAGUACUAAGACUAAACUAAUUAUUAAUUAUAUUUUUUUUUUUUAAAUCAUCAAAGUCAAAGAGCCUAGAUCUAUGCCUAUGCAGUAACCUGUUAGUAACAGUAAGUUAGGUAAAGUGCAGUUCAGGUGCUAAUAUUAAUUAUAAUUAAUAUAAUUAAAAUGGAUAAUUAUAAUAUAAUGGCAGCACCAUAGCCAUAAUCAUAAUGGCAUUGGCAUUAGUAUUAGCCUAAAUUUAAUGGGCCUGCAACCAUUAGGCAUUAGGAUUAAUAUUAUUAUUUAAUAAUUGUGACCAAAUUUAUUUCUUAUUCAUAAUUAAUUCAUUAUCAUUAUGUCAUAUGAUUCAUUUCAUGAUUUAACUUUAACAUGUCAACUACCUAUUAGUAUUACUAUUAAACUACGCCUAAGUUUACCAGCUGUGCCAUAAUUUUUAAGUCAUUAUUGUUAUUAUUUUAUUGGUUUUCCUCAUAAUUUUUAAAUUAUAAUUGUCUAUACUAUAACUAAAAGUAUAAGUAUAACUUUAAAAUUAACUACUAAUAUAAUAGUUAAUAGUACUUAUACUAUGACUAUUAGUUAUAGCAAUAGUAUUUGGUUACAGUGUAUAGGCUUAAUAGUCUACUAUAAUUUAUAAUAGUUUAUUUAAGUUUAAGACAUGUCAGUCAGCCUCCCUUGCAACUUGAGCCUCAAGACUUAACUCUUAAUUAUAAUUAAGUCUAAGAAGUUCAGCUAUGAUAUAUUAUAGUAAAUUAUAGCUCAUGGUGUGGGUGACAUGUAUCCUUUUUAGGCCUCUGGGUUAGCUAAAUUUUAAAAGUUACUAUUUCUAGUAUAACUAUUAUUAUGGUAUAUGACAUUUGUUCAUGAAUUGCCUUAUUAAUUUAAUGUACACCCAAGGUUUUUAAAUAAUCCAUAAAUAAAUCUGAUUAACAUGCUUACUGGUUCUAUAUCUUAUUGAUAAUAUUUGAUUCAUUAAAGCUGAUAGAAAUAUUUGCAACAUAAUAUAAAUAUGUUAAAGACUCUUACUUUUAAAACUCAAAUCAGUUAAUUCAAUUAUGUUUCUCUCAGCGUGUAAGAGGGGAUGGUAAUCUUGUGGCCAGCAACAUUCACACUAUAACUGCACAUGAAGCUGAAGUUACAGCUGUAGCUUUCUCAAAGAAUGCUUUGGCCACCUGUUCCUCAGACAAAACAGUGCGUUUGUGGGGAAUCAAAGAUUAUACAGAGCUGCCCUCCUCUCCACUGUUGGGACAUAAAUACUAUGUAAGUAGGCUGUUAUUCAUAGAUUAUUCUAUUCAUCUUGCAAAUUAUUAAUAUCGAAUUUCUCUCAAACUAAAAGAAUAUGCCAAAUGUUGAUAUUUGGAUAAAUAAUUUUAAGCUGUUACAAAAGAUUUUACAUGGUGCCAGGUUAUAUUUUUUUCUAAAUUUCAAUAUAAUACCAAUGAUGAAUACAUUUUUAUGUGUUGGAUAUAUAAAUAUUAUUUUAGAUCCAUUGCUGUGCCUUUUCUCCAUCGGGAUCUACCUUAGCAACAUGCUCCAACGAUGGGACUUUAAAAUUUUGGGAUGUGAAAUCUGGUGAUUGUCUUGCAAGUCUGUCCCAUCCAAGCAAGUGUGCCAUCAGGGUUUUACAGUUUUCUGCUGAUGGGUCAAAGGUCGUCACCGGAGGAGAUGAUGAAGUUGCCUGUUUAUGGAAUGUUGCAGAGAAAAAAAUUAUCCGGUUAGUGUGAAAUUGACUUUCACUUAAGCAAAACAUAAAUGAAAUGUUAGGAUUGGAUUUUUGUGUCAAUUGAGAGAGUGAAAAAAAAGAUAAAAUGCAUUGCUUUAUGGAGCUAAAGGAAAAUAUUUGAGGGACUGCGUUCAAGCUGUGUGAAGAAAAUUAUGGAAAAAAGAUUUGUUUAGGCUUGAAAUGAAAUGGCAGGGCAGUUAAAUUUUAUAAUGUAGUGUAAGAGAUCUUUUUGAAAUUAUGUGUCACUCUCAGGUUUAAAACAAAUUGUUAGUUUUGAAAACCUAGUGAAAAAUUAUUUAUAGAUCAUCCAUUUGUGUACUUAUAUUGGAAGAUGUUGUUAUUUCUCUGGGCACUGCACACCACAGUUCUAUAAAUUAUUUAGAUUGUUAAAAAAAGGCUGCAAAUAAGGCCAUAGUUUAGCCACCAAUCAAUGAUCCCAGAGCUCUUUAUCAAUAAUUGCAGGAUAUUGAUUGAUGGAAGUGCCCGGGGUUUUAACUGCUCUGGUGCAUGCUGAAUAUCAUUUAGAUAGGUCAUAUGCUGCAACAUGUGUUGUAGAGUGCUUUUAUACCACUCCCCUGAAUACUUGGAAUGAAAAAAAAAAGUUCAUUCAUUCCACCAUGAUAAUGAAGCGUAAUUAUAUCACUGGAUUUAAUAUAUAUUUUUUUUAAAUAUGUUUUUUUCCUUUUCAAUUUGAGAAAGACAGCAUAAAAUUCUAGUGAGAAAUUAUCAUAGAUAAAAUGAUUUUGCUGAAAGCAGUGUUACUUGAUAAACUGUGUAAACAAAAACAAUGUAUAAAAUAUUUAAAAGAACUUGCAGAUUUUUGUUACCAGCAAUACCAAGAUGUCAUGUAUCCAUUGUAAUUGUACAAAUGAAGUAAAAUAAAAUCAAAGGCCUGUUACUUUCUUGAAAUUAAAAUAGCAUUCACAAGGUAAAAACAUUAUGGAGUUUUAGAACAGUUGACAAUGAUUAUUGCAAUUAUCUAUUGGCAAUUUUAUCAUCAUCAGCACUGUUCAAAUUUCUUCUUUUUUUUUUUUACUAUUUUACGAUUUACUUUAUUCAGAGAAUUAUUAAAGAUUAAAUUUGACAUUUUAAACACAUCAUUAGCCUUUAAAAAAAAAAAAAAUUUUUUUUUUUUUUAAAAGCAUUUAAAAUUAAAUAAAAAUUUUUUUCUUUUUGUUGUUAAAAAAAUUUUUAAAAUUAAAAAUUAAAUUUGAAAUUUUAAACAAAUAAUUAACCUUUAAAAAAAAAAAAAAUUUUUUUUUUUUUUAAAGGCAUUGAAAAUUAAAUAAAAAUGUUUUCUCUUUUGUUGUUGAAAAGAUUUUUAAAAAUUAAAUAGCUCAAUACAUCCAAGGUAAAUAUAAAUAAUUUGAAAAAAAUAUGUUCAUUUAUUUUACAUAAAAUUUAACAGAUCAACUGGGCUCCCAAUCAAGAAUGUUUAAUUUUUGUUCUAUUGUCCAAUAUUUUCCAUGUUACAGAUCUUUAAAGGGACAUGAUGAAAGUGUCACUUCAGCAGCGUUCUCCCCUGAUGACAAUUAUAUAGUGACAUGCAGCUCUGGUGGGGACAUGGGUGGUGACAUGUUGGUCUGGGAUGCUCAGUUUGGUCAUGGGAAGUUCUUGACAAGAGUUCAUGACUGUCACGACCUGGGCGUGUCGUGUUGUGCAUUUUCUCCUACAUACGGGACAGCGGGUAAAAUAUCUUUAUGUGUUGUCAUAUUCAAGAAUUAGAGCCAUUCCUUUUUUUUUUAAUCUGCAUUUUUUAAAAUAGAUCCAUUUGGGUAGUUAAAAUGUUUAGCAGCUUAGUAAGAACUUCUUAACAAUUGCAUGCACUGUCAAUAUUUUAUUAGUAAAAUUUUCACCAGUCUUUUAGCUCUGUUGUUUUAGAAAUAUUUCAUUUUUGAAGAUUUGGUUUAUUUAUUUAAUUAUAAUAUAUAUCAUAAGAAUGAAGGCUCAAUAAUAAUUGUGAUUUCUUCUGAGAUGAAACCAUCAUGUCUGUUACUUAUUUGAAGCGGAUAAACUUUUCCCUUACAGGAAAACCUUCCACGUCCAGCUCGAUUAACACAUUUUUACUGGCCACUGGUGGGAAAGAUAAUCUUGUCAAGUUAUGGAUUUUCUGUGGUGAUGUUGGAUCUGUUAGUAAGUAUAAGGUUUUUUUGUAGAGAUAAAUACUAGUUACCAAUAGGGUCUGGUAAUUACAUGUAGGCACUAGGAUUUGUUAGUGUCAGAUUUCUGGUAGCGGUAGAGAUAAUUACAUGCAGCCUGUGGAUCAAUAAGUAAGAUAAUAGUUUAAUAGUUAAUUUACAUGUGUUCUGGCAAUGACUCAAGGCCAGUGGUUCUCAUCCUAUUUGACUUGCUGAGCCCGUUCUGGAAUCAAUUUCUGUAAGGAAGCGCCUUAUGCCUACCCUAUGUCACACAUGCAAAUGGUGUUUUAUUUCCUGGAGUGGCAGCGGAUGCACAGGCUGGUAACCACUGCUCUAGGCCAAAGCCUAGCAAGAAGCCUAGCAAGCAAUGGCUUGGGUGACAUAGAUAUUUUUUCCUGCUUCAUUUAAAAGCUUAAUUUUUUUUUUGACUGCCUCCUCCGCCUGAUAUACCCUCCGCUAAAAUUGAACUGGUAGGCAUGACACAAAAACACACAAAUUGUUUUCUUUCUCUUUUAUCUUCCCAUCAAGACGUUACAGUGAAGCUAGAAACAAUGCUACCAGGUCACAAAGACUCCAUUCUAUGGCUGUGUUUCUCACCUGAUGGUCAAUUCAUUGCCUCCUGGUGAGUUAUCAUUUGUUGAUAUAGUUUUUAACAUCUGAGUGAAUAUUAUAGAAUUCCGGUUAGGUACAGAUUUCUUUUACAUCAUCAUCAUCUGGUGAUCAGGCUUAGAAACUUCUUGUUCUAAUGUAAACCUCAUUAUACAUUUUUUGAUUGCCUAAGUAAUGUUUCAAGUUAAUAUAUAGCACUAUGGCAUUUCCAGAAGAAAAAAACUUUCCAUGCACAAUAGAAAAGUUUAUUUAAAAAAAAAUAAUAAUUUUUGGGGGGUGUGUGGGUAGAUGCACACGGGUAUUUUAUAAUAAGUAGAUUUCUUCUUGUCUUUUAUAAAUAUUCCAAUUUUUUGGAAAUCCUGGCGACCCCAAUAGUCCAGAUGCAUGUCGUAACUGUAGAAAUAAUUGUUAGAUAAUUUUUAGGUUGUUUAAAUAUAUUUUAUUAUGAUGUCCACAUCUGAAAAUGCUUUCAAAGAAGGAUAAUUCAUGAACCAAAUAUUUUUGUUCUCAAAAGUUAACUUUUAUUUAAAAUUUAAACAAAAUAAAACUUUGUGUUGAGAUGAUGUGAAAUUUUCUGUACUAUUUCAGUUCAUUGGACAAAACAGCACGCUUAUGGAAUGCAGUAAGUUUAGUUUCAUUAAAAACUCUUUUGAUUAACAAAUUUUGUAUUGUAAUUGUAAGAAUUUUUAUAUUAUAAUUAUAAAAAUAACAAUGGGGUUUUACAAACAUUCGUGAUGAUUUGAAAUUUUAGAAUUAUUUAACUUGGGUAUUAUAAAAAUAAUGGAUUCAGAUUUGCUAUAAUUGUUUUUAUCAUCAUAUACAUUUUUGAUGAAAGUAUAUAAGUAGAAGGUCAACUUUGUAAUACUUAUCAAUGAACAUUUUUUUUUGUUAUUGUAAAAAUCUCUUAUCCCUCUUGACAGAGAACUAACCAGGCCAUCAUCAGUAUUGAUGAUCAUUCCAGGUAUGUUACUCUGGAUUUUUAUUUUGCAUUCAAAGAUAGUUUGCUGGGAUGAUGUUUAUAUUUAUAUGGUAUAAUAUAUACUCAUACAAAAAGCAAGGAAAAGAACAUUUUUUUAUAUGACAGUGCAAUUUACAGACAAAACCUUGAUUUGUGGCAUUAAGACUUAUUGUCUGCUGCAUUAAGGUUCAUAAACUAGAAGCAGGACUUUGUCAAAUUGUUAGGUAUUUUUUUUUAGCUAUGUAGCCUUCUGUGCAUUUUCAAGUGAUAGCCGCUACCUAGCAACCGCAUCUAAUGACAACACUGUCAAGAUAUGGCAGCUGAAUGACACAUCUGAGAUCAUGAGUAGGUAUACAUUUCAUUCUGACACAAUUGUAUUACAACUGAUUUCAUUCUUUUUUUAAAAAAAACUAAUUAUCAAAAUUAACUGAUACUGUUAUUUAGUGCUAAAUUAUUUUAACCAUAAAAGUUAAUAGGUAAGAUAUAUUGCAGAUUUACAAAUUUGUCCAGAUCAAAAAUAUGUCUUAUUUUUCAGGCAAUAUCAAUCUGUCAUUAAGUUAAAUUGUUUCCUGUUGGAUCUUUUUGCCUUGGGAUUUAAAGGCUGGAUUUUUAAAGACUAUUUUAAGUAAUACAUUUUUAAUGUUCACUCUAAUAGAAAUUAAAAAUUUUUUUCCUCAGAAAAUCUAAGUGGAUAUGAAGAAGGGGAUCCAACCUCUAGUCAGUUAUUAAACAGCUACUCACGUGUUGCCAUGGAGCUAUGGACCCUGGAUGAUGUUUGCGAGUGGUUGAACUCCUUAGGGCUCGGGGAAUAUGAUGAGGCAUUUCGUAAAAAUGCCAUUGAUGGUAAAGAAUUACUUGCCCUGUCAGUCAAUGACUUAGAAGAUACCCUUGGUGUUGGUGAGUGGCUUUCAGAGGUUGAUACAGUUCUUAGCAUUUUUAGUGCAAACUGAAAAAUUAAACAUGAAGCUAACAUAGAACUUAACUAAUGAGUCAAUCUUUUCAAUUAUUAAUUUCAUGUUUAAAAAAAACCUAAUAAAAACCAUCAACACCUGUAUUUAGCUUUAAAUGUGUUCUUUUAAUCAACUUCAUCUUCUUUAUUAAAAUUAUUUCACAUUUUUUAUUUCUACACAAUAUGCUGUAGAUGGAAGAAAAAAUAUUUAAAUACAUACAUGAGAUGACAUGUACGGUAUUGAAUUAUUUAUUUCUUAAAUUGCAUAAUAUUUGCUGUUUCAAAGUUCAUGCAUUUUAUAUUUUCCUUCAACAAUCUGUUGUCUGGAUUUAUGCUUGUGCCUUUGCUUAAUCCGACAUUAUGAUUGAUAGGCUAAGCUCAAUAUUUUGACAUCUCUAUUUGAUAAUACUUCCAUCUUGUCAUCUGCAGCUGCUUUGGGGCAUAGAAAUAAAAUUCUUCGUGGGAGAUCACUGGCCCAAGACAAAGAUGUGAAGAUGAUAAGGAGCACAGAGCCCACUAACACACCAGAGGAGUUCCUGUGUCCGAUCACCCAUGAAAUUAUGAGAGAUCCUGUCAUUGCUUCAGGUAUCUUGGUCCAAACAGACCUUGAUCACUUUAAUAUGGAGAUCAUGGUCUCCCCUUGAUAUGUGCCACUUAUACAAUUACCAUUUCAUUUUGAUUUGCCCUUGGACAGACAAUCUAUGUAUUCAGUGUGCUUCACCAUGAGAGCAACACAACUAAACCCAUAGGCCACUCCUGCUUGAUUUUUACAAUAAGGAAACCUUUGCUCUUCCUGGUGGUUUUACCUUUAAAUGUGAAAAUUUUUGAUAGGCUGUCAUUUGACAUGUACUUGACCUUUUUGCUGGAUAUCUGCUCCUUCCCCCCCCCCCCCCCCUCCCCCCCCCCCCCCCCCCCCCCCCCCCCCCCCCCCCCUAUAAGGAAACCUUUGCUCUUCCUGGUUGUUUUACCUUUAAAUGUGAAAAUUUUUGAUAGGCUGUCAUUUGACAUGUACCUGACCUUUUUGCUGGAUAUCUGCUCCCGCCCCCCCCCCCCUCCCCCUCCUUCCCAACCCAAUAUUGCCAUGGCCAGUUGGUUUGCACCUGUUUAUUAGGUUUUAUCAGAUCAAGCUGAGUUAGUCACGACACUCACUCAUAGGGUACCGUACAAGAUUUUUUUACUUUUUCUUACUUUCACUACACAUUAUAAGAUAAAGAAAUACCUUGACUGAGCCCAGGCAAGCAUUGGUCCCAGCCUCGCUCCAGGCACACAUGUCAUAUAAACUGAUUACAACACUUUUUUCAAUCCGCAACACAAUAAUACGCUAGGCUGGGAUUAAUCUCGCUUGCUCUGCCCUCUUUAUUUUAAGUGAUAUUCAUACCAAUAAUCUAAAAUUUUAAUGUCUUGUUAGUUUUAAAAUAUGUAUUUUAAAAAAUAUUUUUAAAAAUUAAAUGAUAUGAACCCUUUUUUUUUUUAAUAAAGAUGGGUACACAUACGACAAGCAAGCCAUUUUAAGCUGGAUGGGCAAAGAACCAAGGAGUCCCAUGACAAACAUGGUCCUAGACUCAAAAGAUCUGGUGCCUAAUCGUACACUUAAGAUGAUGAUUCAAAAGUUUUUACAGAAAUCUUAAACUUGGUCUUACAAUCUUUGAGACCCAGGUUUGUGGUUUUAAAAAAUGUGCUUUUUACCUUAACUCACUCCCCUUAUGGAGAGUCGAUUAUGGAAUAUUUUUGAUAAUCUGAAAUUUAAUUCUUUAAUAUUUCAUUGCUAUUUUCUCUACACAUAAUAUUCUUUAUGUGUGCUGAGCAACAAGUUUUAUUAUUACAUUAUUUUCAUUUGAAUUCGGCUGUUGCUGGCUUUUUAAAAAUAAAAAUAACUUGUUUGAAAUUAUGCAAUACAAAGGAAAAGUGUGUUCCAAGUCAAAUUAACUACAAAUUAAUUAAAUCGUGGAGGCAGUAAAAUGUAUAUCAAUUGUACCGGUACAAUUUCUUCUGUUUUUAUCCGAAGUUUUAUAAUGUAUAUUAAUUGUCGAAAUUAUUAAAGCUAAAUGAAUUUAAAAUUAGAUUGACUUUGGUGAAAGUCAAUAUAGGUGGAUUUACAUUCAAACAUUUUUUCUAAGUAAUUCCCAAUGUUUAACUCAUACAUUAUUUGAAAUUGUUGUUUAUGUAAAGGUCACUUAACUUAUAGCUAAAUAAAAAAAAAAAAAGAUACAUUUAUAAGAUUCCCCAUUUCCACUGAACAUUUAAAAAAAAAACUUUUAUCUUCUCAUCAAAAUGGUUUCAUUUCAUUUAUUAAAUUGUAAUGCUAUGAAAUCAAACCAACAUUAAGAUUUUACCACACAUCUCUCAUCAAAAGUGCCUUCUUCCUUUAACAUUUUAUCUGGAGUUUGAUAGGGGGAUACCCUCACCCAUGUACAAAAUUCUUAUAUAACUUACAAACCAACUCAAAAAAAAGGGAAGAGAAGGUAGUUUGGGGGGGAGUUUGGGUGGGAGCUGCUUAUGAAAUGUGUACUGGGUGGUGUAGUUGGUCAUCUUGACAGUGUGUGUAUAAAGAAAUAUUGAUAGCCUGGAUCUUAACACACUGGAUGUCAUUAAUGCUACAGCAAAACAAAGACCCACAAAUAAUUGCAGAAGCUGAUAUUCCCAAAAGCUUAUUGUUCAUUUGAAGUUUCUACACUACAAGCAAUUUUUUGUGUUUUGUUGUUUUGUUUGUAGCAAAAAUUACCAUUUCUUUCAAAUUGAUUUUUUUUUUUUUUUAAAUUCUUUAACGG